CCGAGAGAGAGGACCAAAGGUCAUAAGAAGAAGACUUUCCACCCAAAGAUAGCUACGACAACAGCUCUUCUCGAAGACGAACACCCUUCUGCUACCCACAAGCAUAUCAGAAUCCAACAAUAUGCGUACCUCCGCCUCUCUUACCACUCUUCUCUGUGGCAUCGCAAGCGCACAAUUCGCCUCAGACAUGUUUUCCGGCAUGCCAGUCGUGUGCCAGAAUGGACAGGCACCCGCCCUCACAUGCGCGGAUCCCGUUCCAGAAUUGUGCAACUGCAAAUGCAAUGACGGAAUGGUUUUUAACCAGACUCGUCCCGACCCGCCUCUUCUUGUUCCAGAGCCGGUUUCGCAACAGCUUGUAGACAAACCUUGUUUGGGCAAUAUUUUCGUACCGUGGACUCAAAUUGACCUGCCUCACACGCCGGGCACAUACGAGCCCUCGGACAUGUACGACAAAGAUGUCGAAGUGCCAGAGGAAAGCGUCUUCGUAGUGGCCGAUUCGGCUCAGAGGUGCCAGCACUUCGAGGUGUUUGUCGAUGGUGAAAAAGUCGGCGUCACCAACGGUGACGGACCCCUCGAUGGCAUGAACUGCGGGAAUGCCGAAAAAUGUAUAAACGAGAACGGAGGCAGCAGGGGGUAUUUCACUAUACAGAAAGGAUCGCACAGGAUUGGUCUUCGAUGGAUAGGGGUCACAGACGCGUGUAAAAAUCUUUCUUCCGGAAAAGGCUCGUACCAGAUCUACGAGAGAUGCUAAUCCACCCUUAUUGGAUGUCAAAGCUAGCACGGUAACUUGGGUUUCG